AUGUGUAGGAGGGAACGAAUUCUAGGUAAAGGGGGGCAAUACUGCAGGGAUCAGCACUUGGACCGCCUGGGAAGCAUUCUACGAAGUCUGAGGGCGCGACCAUCAGACCGAGUCUUCUCUUCCAGCGCUGCCCAGCUCAAUGAACAAGCCCGCCGGCAUGAGAACAACCACGUGCAUCAGCCCGAACCCCUGCAUCAGCACCAUACGAAUCGAAGAGAGAAGCAGCCACAGCGUCACCAGCAGCCACAACCCCAGCAGCAGCAUCACCAGCAUGAGCACGAGCGGUUCCUGUACGUGCCCGGGUCGUCGCAAUCGUCACAAUCACGACCAUCGCGAUCGCGCACGGCGUCGCAAUCCUGGCAGCCCGAGGUGACAAUCACAACAACAACAACACCCGCGCUCCACUCUCACCGGUGUUCGGGGACGACUUCGACGGCCGACCGACUCGCCGACAAGCCGGAAAGCGAUGCGAGAAAGCAAGACGCUCCGCUCCGGCGGCCACGGCAGGCGGAUAUGGGGGCUGUACGCCGCAGCGUAGCGCCGCCGACACCGCAGUUCCACGAGCGUGUGGGCGGUGCUGACGACAAGGGUCCUCGACUUGGUAACGACAAGGGUCCUCACCUUGGCGACCCUGAUGGCGAUUUUGUUCCUUGGGCGCCGAGCAGCACAGUAGUAGUUCGACCUGGAGUUGUAGGCGCUGAGGCCGGUAGUUGCGGUGAUGGUGGCGGCACUGGUACUGCUGCUUCUGCUGUCGCUGAGACAACGAAACGCGUUCGAGGGCCGUCGCUAAGGGAACGGGCGAUUCGCACGUGGUGGAGGGGCUUGUCUUGCGGCAUUUGCUUCGCGGCGGGGGCGUGGGCGCGCGAGGGACACGGGACGUUCGGCGCCCUGUUGGCGUUGGCCGCGGUGUGCGGAGAAAUGGUGUUCCACGAACACGCUCCUUCUUAAGACACUAUCGUUGUGGGCAACACACGUGCAUAUUUACUUGCGCCGUGACCUGGACCGCUGUGUGGCUUGUACAUCACGAACUAAUUAAAUUCACACAAGUUUUUCCUUCUUGCCUUGUUUAACGGUGUUGUACUUUUUUAUUGUCUCGAGUGACGACUGCUGUGCUGUUGACUACACGCCUAAACUGUUUUCUGGGAAGCUGUCGCAGAGGGACGGUGUACGACACGUCGGAAGGCUCCUGCCAUGUGGGUGUGCGUGGAGAGCUUGUCGACGCUGUCCCUGGGAGAAGGGGGUGUAAAACUAGAAUUAGGCUUAGACCUUGUGCUGUGUCGCCGUGCGCUCAGCUCGUGGUAGCACUUGCAAACGAGACAGUUCGUAAUGAAGCUUGUUUGACAUGUUCUUUGUUAGGCUUGUGUACCACCUUAACAACGCGGUAGACAGGUAUUUUUUCCGAUGUCCCAUUUGGGGCAUUGGUAUCGCAGCUUGCCUCGG